AACCAAAAACACACCGGCGAGCCCUCCCAGCUAUCACCCUCACGGCCUCACCUACUCUCUCUCUCUCUCUCUCUCUCUCUCUCUCUCUCAACCCAGAAGAUACUACACUUCUUCUUCCUCCGCUGGACCCCGAAUAAUGCCGAACCCUCCACAAGCCCCUUGUUUCCCUUUCAUUUAUUGCUAAGAUCCUUGAUCUCUCGUUUGCGGGUUAUCUUGGCCAUGAGAAACAGUGGGUUUUGGGAGGAUUGAAAUAGAAGCACUUUGUUACAGAGACAAUGUGAGAGAGAGAGAGAGAGAGUUCCAAAAAAGUCCUAUAAUGGUGGCAGCCGUUUCUGAGGCAGCUGCUUCCACAAACCCCAAAACCAUUUCCCGACAAGAAGAAGGCCAACAAGCCCACACCCCACUGCUACCUCCGGAGAAAGACAAUGGCCUUGGAAAUCGUCCUAGAAGACCCAGAGGCAGACAGGUCUCUUCCAGGUAUAUGUCUCCCUCUCCUUCCAUAUCUACUUCCACUUCCACUUCCACAAUUACAACAACCACGACCACUUCUUCUUCUUCGACUUCUAGAAGAUUUCUAUCUCCUUUGCUCUCUCGCUCGUCCAACUCCACCCCUUUAUCGACCUCAUUACCCUCGUCUACUGCUACGAAACGGUCCCAAUCGGUGGACCGGAGGAGACCCAUUACGUCUCGGCCCAUGACGCCAAUCCCCGACUCGAAAUACGGCAAUGCCGCUGAGGUAUCAGCGGCUACCAAGCUUUUGGUCACUUCUACUCGGAGUUUAUCGGUGUCGUUUCAGGGUGAGGCGUUUUCACUUCCAAUUAGCAAGACGAAGGCACAAACGCCGAGCUUGGGCAAUGCAAGGAAGGGUACUCCGGAGAGGCGAAGAGGGACCCCUGUUAGAGGAGGAGAUCAGGUGGAGAACUCGAAGCCAUUGGAGCAGCAUCGUUGGCCGGGAAGGACCCGACAAGCGAACUCGACAACUUCGGGUCUAAAUAAUCCGAUAUUGUCGAGGAGUUUGGAUUUUCGAAAUGGUGUUGCUGAUAAGAAGAUAGUUGGAGUGGGAUCUGGGAAGGUUGUUCGGGCAGUGCAGAAUUCAAUGGUGAUUGAUGAGAGUCGGAGGGCCUCGUUUGAUGGGAGAUUGAGCUUGGAUUUGGGCAACGCUGCUGAGUUAUUGAAAGGUGUUCGGAAAAACCCGGAUGCCAAUUCAGUAAAUGAAUCUUCUGUGCCUUCUGAUCUCACUGCAUCUGAUACAGAUAGUGUGUCCUCUGGUAGCACUUCCGGAGUGCAAGAUUGUGGUGGCGUUGUUUCCAAGGGAAGAGGUGGGGGGCCUCGAGGGAUUUUUGUGUCGGCAAGGUUUUGGCAGGAGACAAAUAGUCGUUUGAGGCGCCUGCAGGAUCCGGGCUCCCCAAUAUCGACGAGCCCUGGGUCGAGAAUGGCUGUUCCAGCAAAGUCUGUUCAGUCGAAAAAGUUUGCUAGUGAUGGUCCAUUGUUGUCUCCAAGGACAAUGGAUUCACCUAUUAGAGGAGCCACACGGCCUGCAUCACCAAGUAGGCUUUGGACAUCUACAGCUUCGUCCCCGUCAAGGGGGAUGCCCAGUCCUUCUCGGGUCAGGAAUACUGGCUCAUUGAGUAGUAAUCCAAACGGUACACCUUCGAUUCUCAGUUUCUCUGUGGAUAUACGGAGAGGGAAGAUGGGGGAAGAUCGUAUUGUUGAUGCACACUUGUUGAGGCUUCUACAUAACCGUUACUUGCAAUGGCGAUUUGCAAAUGCGAGGGCAGAUGCUAUCUUCAUGAUGCAGAAACUGAAUGCCGAGAAAAAUCUGUGGAAUGCAUGGGUAACUAUCUCAGAACUACGACACACUGUCACACUUAAAAGAAUCAAGUUGCUAUUGCUGAGGCAAAAACUGAAGUUAGCUUCCAUCCUCAGGGGACAAAUGAAUCAUUUGGAAGAGUGGUCCCUUUUAGAUAGAGAUCACUCUAAUUCUUUGCAAGGAGCAACUGAAGCUUUGAGGGCCAGUACUUUCCGUCUUCCAAUUGUUGGAAAAGCCGUAGCUGAUAUUCAAAACUUAAAGGAUGCUUUGGGCUCGGCAGUUGAUGUGAUGCAGGCAAUGGCAUCCUCCAUGUACUCUCUUUUGUCAAAGGUGGAGGAUAUGAACUCCUUGGCGACCGAACUGGUUAAGGUGACUGCAAAAGAACAGGUUUUGCUUGAACAAUCCAAAGAUUUUUUGUCUGCUUUGGCAGCCAUGCAGGUCAAGGACUGUAGCUUGAGAACACAUAUGAUACAACUUAACCGUGUACCGACUACCAGCAGCCUGACUACACGUGUGUAGAACUGAUCUUUUUUGACCAUUCACUCUUAAUGCUAACAUUACAAGCAACCUUACCCUUUUCCACGGCGGCAUUGGCUUCUCGUUCGGCGUUUCUGGAACCUGUUUUGUUCUCUUCUUUGCCAUGUAACUUAGUAUCUGAAGAUUACAGAAAAUCACUCUUCUUCUGACUAAUUAGCUGUACACAAGUACUCAUCCCCCAUCAGGAAAAAACAAAAAUUGUAUUUGUAUAUAUAUGAUGUUCUUCGGAUCACUGUUAAAUAGUUCAUCACUAUAUUCUUUUA